GUAAGUUUGACCCAUGCGGGCCUCCGUAGAAAAAGAGUAGCUUGAUUCGUUCAGUCGGAGUAACCUCUAAUGCUUAAUAAUAUAAAAAGAGUAUCUUCGGAACUGUAGGAUUUAUGUUUAACGGAGUUCAUUUUCGGUGGUGUAACACAUCGUGGCACAAUGUCAGUGGUCUUCCUGCCUCGUGUCCUUCGGAUUUCGGCUCGCGCACUUGGGACGGGUGCGAGCAGCCGCCCUGUGGGGUUCCGCGCGCAUGCGCCGUUUCCACUUUCCCAGUUUCUUAUUGCGGUCGUAGGGCGAGCAGUUCACGCGGGCUCUUUGUCAGGGUGGGCCGGACACCGCGGCUGCUCCGGCUGGACGUCUGAUGGCGGUCCUGGACACCUGUAUGGAGGCCACAUCCCCACUAAUCCUGUCCAGAAGGCCCUGCUGGCCGUGGGGUCGGGAAUGGCGGCCCUGCAGAACCCAUACAGACACGACAUGGUGGCAGUGCUGGGGGAGACCACUGGGCACCUGGCAUUGCUGAGACUGAGAGACAGGAUGAAGAGUAGCCCAGAGGGACACAGCAUACUCAAGGAACGUCCACGCAUUCGCCUCUCUACCCUUGAUCUGACUGAGAUGUCUUCGCUGCCAGAUGGAUCACUAGGGAGGGAGUACCUUCGCUUUCUCAAAGAGAACCGCGUUACGCCAGACUCGCGGGCGGAUGUCAAGUUUGUGGACGACGAGGAACUCGCUUACGUCAUGCAGCGUUACCGGGAGGUGCACGAUCUGCUGCACACGCUGCUGGGCAUGCCUACCAACAUGCUGGGUGAAGUGGCAGUGAAAUGGUUCGAAGCUGCUCAGACCGGCCUGCCUAUGUGCAUUCUGGGAGCUGCUUUUGGACCCCUCCGCCUGUCUGCCAGGCGUCUACAGCUGCUGACAGCCUCGCUGGGCCCGUGGGCGCUGCGCAACGGGCGACGUUCCAACUGCGUGCUGAGCAUCUACUACGAGCACCGCUGGGGUCAGAGCUUGACCUCUCUAAGAGAGGAGCUGUGUAUUGAGCCGCCACCACUUUCACUGAGCACACUCAGGAAGACCACCUAGCAGUCACGCCAAAGGGGUGGGGGGGGCUUGACCAUUUGCUUUCGGCUGUGCGGACAGUGUGCUCAGUUACACUGCGACACUCUGGCUUCAGUUCUGUGAGAGAACGUGAGGGAGGUGCCAGAAGACCAGCGUCUGGACACAUGUUCCUGAAGUUCCCUUUGUGGUCUCAAAGUUGUGUGUGGUCUGAGCUGUGAAGAGUACAAGGUGACUUUAGAGUCCAGUGGGAGGACUUUUACAUAUAUUGUGUGAUCAUGCAAAUUGUGAUUGACACUGCAGUAGCCGUCAUACGGUACAGCCUCACAUUUGUGUGUGUGUGUGUCCCCACAGAACGCUGGUUGAGCCACACUGGUGUGGCAUCUGCUGGAUAAUCAAUCAUUUCAUGUCAAGGGUCCAUCUUUUAGUACCACACCUGGCAAGAACUGUCUGAGUCUUGAAUGUGGAAGACUUUUUUUUUAACCUUAGUUUUUUCAGUUGCUUAAACAUUUAAAAUUGAUCAAAUGUGAAACAAGAUUUGAUUAAAACACUGUCUCUUACUGUUAAAAGUGCAAA